AUUGCAGAUUUUAAACGAGAUCGUGGUUUAUCAAUUUUAGCAAAAGAAUCAUCAGUUGUUGAAGAACCACGAAGUGAGCGUAGUUUAAAUGAUAAUUAUGAAAAAGUGUAUCAACAGUUAAGUGAACAAUGUUUAAGUGAUAAAAAAUUUUAUGAUAUGUUUCGUCGAAAAUCGUCGACCAGUGAUGAAUUAAUUAAUAAGAAUCGUGAAAAUGAAUUAAAUCGUCGUUUAAAUGAAAAAUUACGUACCAAUAAAAAAUUUAUAUCGAAAAGUACUACAAAUUUAUUUGAGAAUACUACAAUAGAAAAUAAACGAUUAUCAGUUAUUGAAACCGUACCCGAAACGGAAUCGAUGAACAAAACAAAACCCCGUUGUAUAUCGUUAGUGAUUGAACCAAAUAUAGAAAAAAUUAAUGACAAAACGAGUCCGAAAACAAGACGAUUUUCAAUUCAGAAAUUUUCGUUUUUAAGACAGAAAUCGAAUCAAAUUACAACAAUAUCUGAAUUACCGUUAGAAUCACUACGGAAAAAGGAAGAAAAACCAUCAAAAAAAACAUCUACAUCUGGAAAAAAGAAAUUUUUGUCAUCGCCGUUGAAAUGGAGGAGUAGUGGAAAAUUCAAACAAAGUGAUAUAAGAAUUCAACAAAUAGAUGGUGGAUUUUUCGAACGUUUUGGAGCAUUAUUUCGUGAUUAUGGUCAACCUCAAGCGCCAACAUCAGAUACAAAGAAACCACCAAAUAUCGAUGCACUUUUAAAUGGGGAGGAUGAGGCCACAGAACAAAAUGAAAACGAUGAAAAUGGUCAAGAUUUACAACAAUUACAGACCACAGAAAAUGAUGAACGUAGCAGUGAUAGUGGUAUUGAUUCAAUAAAUGAUCCAGAUUCAGAACCAGAAAAUGAAUUAUUAAAAAGUAAUAUUAUUAGCGAGUCAGUUGGAUGGAAUAUUGAUGAAUUAUAUUCAGAAAUUUUAUACGAAAUUUUACAUAAUGUCGGCUGUGAUCAAGCAUAUGAGACUGGACAAACUGCCUUAUUUAAUUAUUUACAAGAAGCGUUUAAAAUGUCUUACGAUAAGCACAAUACAUUAUUAGAGGCAGCAGAAAAGAAAGAAGCGCCUGAAAUAUUAUUAAACGUCGAAAUAGUUGAAGGUAAAGAUAUUGUGCCUAAAGAUCCAAAUGGUUUAAGUGAUCCAUUCGUCACUUUAUUUUUACAAUCAUUACCUACACAUCGAUAUAACACAUCGGUAAAGAGUGCGACACUAAAUCCAACUUGGGAAGAACAUUUUUCAUUACCCGUCUCAGAAAACGCACAAGAUGAUACGUUGUGUUUAGAAGUGUGGGAUUUUGAUCCUGCGGAAACAGUACGAGAAAAAAUGGGUAAAUUUAUGGAAGUGCGUGGUGUUAAAGGAUUACGCAAACUUGUAAAAGAAAUUGCAAUCACUGCGUCGACAGGACAACAUGAAAAUGAAUUUAUUGGACGAGCAGCGAUUCCUUUAUCAACCAUUCCUGCAUCCGGAAUGACGAUGUGGUAUAGUUUGGAUAAGAAGAAUAAAGCGAAACGUCAAGGCGUUCUUCGAAUCCGAUUGUCAUUCAGUUCCACAAAACAACCUAGAGUUGCCGCGCAAGAACAUCAACAUUUAUUAAAAAUUUUGCUUCUUCAUGAGCUAGAAACUAGUAAAGUUGUGCCAUACUGGUGGUGUGGAAAUUAUAGUGCCCAAGCUGAAUCUUUAAUAACACAACAUGCAGCCCAAAGUGGCUUAAACCCUAAUGAACAAGCUCUAUGCCAGUGGGUCGUAUAUACCCAAGUCCAUGCUGAUCAUCCAUUAAGCUUUACAUUAUUUUCAAAUUUAUUAGAUAAACUUAUUCGGCCAUUGCAAUCAAAUUCAUUCUGCGAAGAAGAAGUGAAAAUUUUCUGGGAAUCAAGUAAAAAAUUGUUGCCGUUCGUUUUUAAUACAAUACGGAAGAUUCGUAAAAAAAGUACAGGAGAUAAAAAUAUCUUGAAGCAAGUAAUUGAAGUGUUACGGAUUAUUGCUAAAAUGUCAUUGCUAGAACCACCAGAGAAGAUUAAUUUGUUUCCUUCGGAACUGUAUCGUUGGUUAACAUAUAAAUCAGAUGAUGAUAGUGAAGGAAAUUGGGAUUUUCGUGGUACUUUAGGAGAUGCCAUUCAGCAGGGUGCUAUUGAUUGGUUUGAACAUGUUUUGGAACAUAACCCAUGUCAAGAUCAUACAGACGAAGCAAAAAUGCAACAUUUGAUUAAAAUUAUACAAUUAGUUAGAUCGGACUUGCAAAAGGCUGUUGAAUAUUAUGAUAAAAUUUUCCAAGAAAUUGUAAGUUUCCAAUACGCAAGAAGUCUUUACAUUUUAUACGAAAAACGUUUGACUCAACUUAUCGAACCAGAAAUUUUGGAUAUUUGUAAAUCUUUAAAACGUUUACGUUUCGAUGAAACAUUUGUCGCCAAUAGUGAUAAUGUUAGUGAACCCAUGGCACAAGGAACAACUCUAUUCGAAUUAUAUUUGGUAAUCCAGAAAUUCGUUAUAUUAGGCGAAGGUUUAUGCCCAACUGACUGUUCCAGUUUCCAAAUCAAAGACUUUUAUCUUUGGUUCCAUGGCGGAGUUGCACAAUGGUUAGAUAUUGCGGUUUACAAAGCUUUACAACGUAUCCAAAAAGCUGUUGAAUUAGAUAAUUUAGUUCCCGUUUCAUCAGAAGUUAAAUAUAGUUCUUCGGCUGUGGAUACGCUAACUAUUUUCUAUCAAAUUAAAGUAUUUUGGCAACAAUUGAAUUGGCCAGAUGUCGAAGGGUCAUAUACAUUUGUUGCAAAAAUUAUUGAUGACAUUUGUCGGUGUUGUGUCUACUACGCCGAUAAAAUGGCAUCAAAGGUUGAUGGAAUGGGAAACGUUGAAAACGUUUACGAAAAGAAAUUCGAAGUAACAAAUGAAUGGUGUUUAGCUAUCAAUAAUAUCGAUUACGUUCGUCAAUCACUUCAGCCAUUUGUAAAUGAAUUAAGUAUGGAGGAACUUUUAAAAAAAUUAUCCGAUUUACGUAGUCCUCUGGAAGCUGAACGUUGUAAACAAACAUUACAAAACGUAAUCGAAAAUGCUAUUGAUACAGUAAAAAAUAAAAUUUUAGAAUUAUUAGAAACUGUCGUUAAAAAAAUGGUCCCACCAAUGCGACGUUUAUUAAUCGAAGGUGCUGAAUUAUUACCAACGGAUUCAAACAGCAUGGAUCGUAUUAUGCGUUAUUUAGAUGAUAAUUUAGCUACGUUACACGAACAAUUAAACGAGGAUAAUUUCCAACGAGUAUUAGAUGUUCUGUGGGAUAAUGUCGCAGAGAUUUUAUCAAAUAUACUCGAAACAAAUAUAGAAAAACGUCGUCCACCUUCAUUCUAUCAUAGCUUAAAUGAAACUUUAAAAUUAAUGUUACGUACUUUUAAACAAACCGAUUCGCCGAAUUUAGCGUCCGAUUAUGAGAAUUUAAGUAAAAUUGCACAUUUGUUAGCGUUAAAUGGUCAGGAAACUUCCGAUUUAAUACAUAGCGUACACUUAGAACGAUGGGAGGAACAAGUUAAAAUGCAAACGAAUGAAGUAACGACACCGCCACCAUUAGGGCAGUUAACUGUCCGAUGUAAAUUCCAUGGAUGUACGUUAAAAAUUGAAGUUAUGAAUGCCCGAAAUUUAAUACCAAUGGACACAAAUGGUUCAUGUGAUUCGUUUGUACGAAUACAUUUGUUACCAGAAGAUAAAUUUUUAAAUGUUAUGAAGCCAAAGACACAAACACAAAAUAAAACAUUGUUUCCAUUAUAUGAUGAAACAUUUACUAUAAAUUUAACCCCCGAACAAAGAAACUGCAACAAUGGACUGAUUAUGUUUAGUAUAAAAGAUAAAGACUUUUUAGGGAUGAGUAAUCAAUAUAUAUGUGAAGCAUAUUAUCAUUUUAAAGACAUCCCAGAUACUCCAGAAUCACUUGAAUCAUUACCACAACAACAUUUAGCAUUAACAAGACCCCAUAAAUUAGAUUCGGAAGCUUUAAAAGCAUUGGAGAAUCGACAACAAGGUGAUAAACAAGCCAAAGAAUUUGUUAAGAAAUAUCGUCAAAGAAUGGGUCCACCCAUCCCUUCAUAGUUAUAUUCGAUUCAUCCCUUCAUAAUUAGUUCGAUUGUUCGACAACCGCCCGCCCGAAUUUAUUAAGUCGAAUAAAUAAUAUUAUAUAAAUAUAUUUUGUUAAA